ACUCUUCUCACCAACAUUCAUUCAUAAGGACGGUCUUCAAAACCCAUCCCAAAUCUCCUCUCUCUCCAUUCCUUCCUCUCUCUCCUCUUCUCUCUCUGAGCUUCCUCUCUCUAGAGCUCCCUCUCGUUACUAUCAGAUGAAGAACACAGAGCAGUACUUUUUUAAUCCAGUCUCCGUUGAAAAUACCCCUAGUUAAACUUCUCUCUUUUGUAAAAGCUCUCUGGAAACACUUCUCCCUCCCUUCCCCGCCUCUCUCUCUCUCUCUCUCGAGUUUGAGAGUAGAAUCUCACCUUUUUGAGGAUUAGGGCUAAAACUAGACUUGGGUUUUCUGCAUUGAAAUGGAAGGAGGCUCGGGGCAUUACAACCCACGCACUGUCGAAGAAGUAUUUAAGGAUUUCAGAGGUCGUCGAGCUGGAAUGAUCAAAGCUUUAACCACUGAUGUUGAAAAGUUUUAUCAGCAAUGUGAUCCAGAAAAAGAAAAUCUGUGUUUGUAUGGAUUGCCUAAUGAGUCGUGGGAGGUUAAUCUGCCUGCUGAGGAGGUGCCACCUGAGCUACCUGAACCUGCACUUGGGAUAAAUUUUGCUAGGGAUGGGAUGCAAGAAAAGGAUUGGUUAUCUCUUGUUGCUGUUCAUAGCGAUGCAUGGUUACUUGCUGUGGCAUUCUACUUUGGUGCACGCUUUGGGUUUGACAAAAAUGAUAGGAAGAAGCUGUUCAACAUGAUGAAUGAUCUCCCCACCAUCUUCGAGGUUGUUACAGGGGCUGCCAAGAAGCAAGCUAGAGAGAAGUCAUCAAACACUAACAACAGUGGCAGCAAGAGCAAGUCCAGCGUGAAGGGGCAACCCCGGCCAUCUGAAUCUCAAACAAAGGUCUUGAAGGCGGCGCCCCCAAGGGAUGAAGAGGAAAGUGGAGAUGAGGAGGAAGAAGAGGAUGAGCAUGGCGACACACUGUGCGGGGCUUGCGGAGAGAACUACGCAUCAGAUGAGUUUUGGAUAUGCUGUGAUGUUUGUGAGAAGUGGUUCCAUGGCAAGUGCGUCAAGAUAACCCCUGCACGGGCAGAACACAUCAAGCAGUACAAGUGCCCCAAUUGCAGCAACAAGAGGGCUCGAGCCUAAGUAGAAAAUGGGGGUAGCGUAAGGAGGAGAGGUGUGGAAAACCAAUUCAAAACCUCUUGUUUUUGGAAAGGCAAUCAGGCUAUCUAUGAACAAAUGGUGAUCAGUUGGUUUGAGCUAGGACUUCUAAUUUUGAGACUUAUGGUUGAUCCACAUUCAUCUAAAUUGUUGGUUUUUUCUUCUUUUUUUUGGUUCUUUUUGUUUCCUUAGUUUUCGCCUUUUGUUAUUAACAAUGGAAAUUGGCAGGUUUGCCUACCCCUUUUCCAUGGUUUAUGGUUUUCUUUUUUAGCAGUUCAGUUUAUACUGGUUCCCUUAGCUUUAACUGGAGAAAUACCCUUUAACUGUGGUCCCAAAAUA